AUUGUAAUAUUAUCUUCACGGCGUUAACGUAAGCUACGCCUCUUUGGAUGUCCUUCAUUUGCAAUUAAUGAGUCAACAUGGCAAAUGAGGAAGUAGUUUCAUAUAGGAAAAUCGGCAGUCAAAAGUUGCCUUAUUUUCUUGGUGACAACUUGUUUACAAAAGGAAAAUCGGAGACUGUCGACCUGAACGCCGAGGCCACCCCCAUUGCUGUGGACAUAUCUGAUGCUCUAAGCGAAAGAGAUAAAGUGAAAUUUACUGUACACACAAAAACUAGUUUACAAGAGUUUCAAAAGCCAGAAGUUUCAGUUGUUAGGCAACAUGAAGAAUUUAUUUGGCUGCACGAUAUGUUUGAAAGCGCUGAGGAAUACGCAGGAAUAAUUAUACCUCCGCCUCCUCCAAAGCCGGACUUUGAUGCUUCAAGGGAAAAAUUGCAAAAAUUAGGAGAAGGUGAAGGAACACUUACAAAAGACGAAUUCCAAAAGAUGAAAAAAGAAUUAGAAGCGGAAUAUUUAGCCACCUUUAAAAAGACUGUAGCAAUGCAUGAAGUAUUCUUACAAAGAAUAGCUGCCCACCCAUUCUUAAGAAAAGAUGUUAAAUUUAGAGUUUUCUUGGAGUACGAAUCGGAUCUAAACGUUAGAGGAAAAAAUAAGAAAGAGAAACUAGGAGGCUAUUUUAAAACCGCAGUUCAAUCUGUUGACGAAGUACUCCUCUCAAAUCAAAAAGAUGUUGAUGAGUUCUUUGAAAAACAACGAAAGUUCUUAGUCACCUACUACCUUAGAAUAAAAGGCGCCACACUGUCUGCUGAUCAAACGACAAAGUGCCAUAAGAACGUAUCAGAUAGCUAUCUUAAAGCAUCGUCCAAUUUAUCCGAACUAUCUAAUGCAGAGAAUACCGACAUUGAAGCAUUACUACAUUGUUUAGCCGAAUGUUUUGAAAAAAUUAGGGAACUGGAAAGCCGGGUAGCGUCCGAUGAAGACUUGAAAUUAUCCGAUACAUUCCGUUAUUAUUUGGGUGAUUCGGCAGCGGCUAAACAUUUACUUUAUAGACGUUCUAAAGCUCUGGCUACGUACGAAAAUGCGAAUAAAGCACUGGACAAAGCAAGAAGUAAGAAUAAAGAUGUUUACAUCACCGAGAAGCAACAGCAAGAAGCAUGCGAAAGAUUUGAAAAAUUAUCCGAAACAGCAAGAGAGGAACUCGAUGACUUUAAGAAGAGACGCAUAAAACACUUUAAAAAGAAUCUUACAGACUUAGCUGAAAUGGAGAUAAAGCACGCCAAGGCUCAGACUGCUCUGUUGCAAUCAACAAUCGAACAGUUAAAAGGAAGCUUGUAAUAAAUUCAUAUAGAUGAAAAUAUUGUUUUGUCCACUAUACUUAUACUUGCUAAAUUACUCGUUUCGUGUUAAAAUGAAAGUUGGACGAAAUUCUAGCCUAAUUUGCUUGCUCGUUUUACAAGACUGUGAUGAUCUGAUCGGAAACAAAAUUUGGAACGUUCGAACAUUGUUAAGGGUUUAUCCAGACCCUCAUUUUGUAUAAAAAAAUAUUAAUAAUAAAUAUAAUAAUAAUAAUAAAAUUGCUUUAAAAAAUA